AUGGCGGACGAUCAGCAAGAGAUUCACUUUGUAGAUUACACUUCAGAGUUACAGCUACCGGCAGUGAUACAACUCAUUGAAAACGACCUUUCCGAACCAUAUUCGAUAUACACGUAUCGCUACUUUAUUCAUAACUGGCCUAAACUAUGCUUUCUGGCAAUGGACGCGGAUCGCUGUGUGGGUGUCAUAAUCUGCAAACUUGAUCAACACAAGGACAGGAGCCGAGGCUAUAUCGCCAUGUUGGCUGUUGCCAAAGAAUAUCGUAAGCGGGCCAUUGGAACUACACUCGUUCAAAAAGCUAUACGCGCCAUGAAAGAGCAGGAUGCGGAUGAGGUUGUAUUGGAGACCGAAUAUACCAAUCAAGGCGCCCUUGCUUUAUAUCAACGACUUGGAUUCAUCAAGGAUAAACGAUUACAUAGAUAUUAUCUCAAUGGGGUAGAUGCAUUUCGACUCAAGUUGUUUUGUAAAACAAUGGUCAAGGAUUAA